ACUGCAAGAUCUCGUGCAAUCAAGAGUACGGAUAGCCCUGAUAAUAGCUACCAAAGUGAACGAACAGAUUGCACCAAAUCGGGUCAACUCACACCCGGAACAUCCGUAUCCGAGCAAUAAAACAAUUAGCCCGUUGUGUCUAGCAGCAUGUGAGCAAAGUGACCAGUUGAUCGAGAUCGAACUUCUAAAUUUAACGACGAUUAGAAAAUCCCCAACAUAUACAGAACAUUUGGACAUAUGGUAUCAUCAUCCGGUACUUCAAACUGGAAGGAAGCUGGAUUCAAUAGCCGUACUGGAAUAAAUCCUAACCGACAAAGAAAUAACGAUCAUCAUGUUCCGCGUGUGGCUGUUUACGCUUGCUUUUUGUUUGAUUCUUGGCCUCUCGGCGGAAAAAGAGGCCGAUAAGGUCAUCGAUCCAAAAUGGAUUAAACCCGGAGCACUGGACCGGUGGACGCAGAAGCAGCACAUGCGCGAGCAAACGGACAACGCGUGCGAUUCGGUGCCACCGUUGGAAUGUCCAAAAUGCCCUCCGGUAGAGGCCAAUUCUGCAGAGUGCAAACCGACGGAUGAAGAACAACAGCUGGCCCUGGUUUUCUACCGCAAACUAGUAAAAACGCUGUUCGCCAGCAAUAUUUUACAGCUCGAUCCUAGUGGAAGCUACUACGAAAAUGAACUAACGCUCAAAAUAACGCCGAGGCAACUGAACAAGUUAACUGACGACCUAGAUGCGCCCCGCACUAUCGACGCGAUUGUGUCGGAAAUCUUUGAACAAUCGGCCAGCAUACGGCGACGAAUUCUGCAGAAGGAGAACCGCUGCGAACGAUUGUACGUUUUCUUGCAGGGCAUCAUGGAAUCGGUGUUUCUGCAAGCGGUGCUGCCGAUAUUGCUGGUCAUUGCCGGAUGCUGUGUUCUACGUGUAGUAUCAAGUUUUACACGCAUUCAUCCUUUCCUUCUUUUCCUGUUGCUUAUCCUCUGCUUUACCGUAACCAACAAAUGGCGCGAAUGUAACGCAAAGCUACAAAAGCAAGUGUUGGAAGACAUGCACCGGGGCAUUUCCACCGAGGCUGCGUCAACGAUGUGCGAUCCACUGCAGGUUUUAGUAGAAUCCUCCGUGACCGUUCAAGCCACUUACUUUAAGGCGUUGUUCAAAGAAUUUCUUCACACGUACAACGAGAGUACCAAGGGCCUUGGAUUUUGGCAUAGCAUGUUAAUAGGUGCGCUACUUUUGGGUUUCGCGUACAUACUGGUAUCGACAAUCCUUCAGGUCGGCAUCCACAGUGGUUUUCAGGUCGCCGGCAACAUCGUGAUCGCGGGACUGUUUGGACCUCGAACUAAUGCUGCCAUCGAAAACCAACCGAUCGAUUACAACAACCAACAACCACAAAUCGCGAAUCCACCGCAAAUGCCUGCGUUGAACAUCAACAUUCAGCUCGGUGAUGCAGUAGCCAGUGCCCGGCAGUCGAGAACCGAACUGCUACGCGAGGAAAGCGAACGUAUUGAAGAAAUUGUAGAUGAGCCUACGGUGGAAGCCAUUGAGUCAGGGCAUGAUACAGAACGGGAAUCGAAUGCCAAAGAUGCAUGCGAAGAGAAACCGGGUGCCUCGAUCGAGGUAAGCCCAGAAGCCAUCAUUGUAACGAAGGUCAACGAUGAUUCUAAAACGAAUAGCCAUCCAGAUGGAAGAGAAACAUGAAGAACUUCUAAACUUUUGUGCAGCCUUGUUGCAGUAUUUUUCGUAAUCGUGAUUCCUGUUUGCAUAUUUGUUUGCAUUUCACAGUUUGUACAUUUGUAUGUUGUAAUAAAGUGUAAAAUUUUGUAACAAA